AUGUCAUUCCCCACGGAAUUUGAAAAUGAGGCAGAAUUAGGCCUCAGUUCUACUCUUAAAUAUGAAAGAAGUCGAUAUAACAAUGCCAGUGUAUUCCUGCCAAAUACUCCAGUCAUCAUAAAAAUUAUACAUUCCUGCGAGUCACAGCUUGUCAUUGGUAACGAGUCAUCAGAUGAACCAAAAAAAGAUACAUUGAGCGGGAAACCGAUUCCUAAUGGCAGUCUAGUUCUCACAAAUCAGAGUUGGUACGAGAUGAAACUUACUCAUGGAGACUUUGAAUGGUAUAUCUAUCGUAGUAUUGGGGAUCUGAAGAGUUUUCAUACGUCUUUCAUGCUAGAAAGAGCUCUAAUGUCAAUCAGUAAUAAAAGAAAAGAAAACCGUAGAAAAAUUAGUCCAUUUCCACCAAUGUUAGAUAUGCUUUCUGGAAAAAAAUUAUGUGAUCGAAGAGUUAUGUUAGAAAAGUACCUUCAAAGCAUAAUCGAUGUCCAAGAAUAUCGAGAAACAGACUUAGUCCUUCGAUUUCUUGAGGUAUCACCCUUGUCUUUCGUAAAUUGUUCCAGAGGUUUAAAACUGAAGGAAGAUUAUGUUCACAAAUUGCCAUCUUAUAACUAUUUUAAUAAGUAUUGUUGUGCAUCAAAUAUUUGUUUGCAAAAACGAUGGCUAAUUUUAAAGGAUAGCUAUUUUGUGUAUAUGAAACAACGAGGAGAUAAAAUUAAAGCCAAAGAUAUUGAUAAAUCAGAAAAAGGCAAAUUAAGGUUGGCAUAUUCAUUUGAGCUCAGUGGAAAAAAUCGUUCUUGGCGUUUAUGUAAUAUAUUUUUGAUCGAUCAGAACUUUGCAUUUAGAACAAGAGUAGUUGAACGAUCAGGCCAAUGUCAACUGAAGCUAUACAACUCACUGGGUGAACUGGUCGUAAUAUGUCAGUCAGAAUCCCGUAUGAAUGAUUGGAAUAAUACGUUAUUAUCGCACAUAUAUCUAGAUGGUACAAGAGAUUUUAUACAAUAUAAUCGUUUUGGAUCAUUUGCUCCACCAAGACGUGAUACACAAAUCUGCAUGUUUAUAGAUGGAGCUUGUUAUAUGGAGGCUGUAGCCAAAGCUAUUGCUCAGGCUCAACAUGAAAUUUUCAUUACAGAUUGGUGUAUGCAUCCAUCUGUUUUUCUUAGACGACCAGUAAGGGAUAACACAUGGCGUUUGGAUAUGCUGCUUCAUGCCAAGGCGAAACAAGGAGUUAAAAUAUACAUAAUGCUUUACAAAGAAAGUGAGUUCGCAGUAAAGUUUAGAAGCAUUAAAGUGAAGCGUUGGCUUAAAUCUCUUCAUUCAAAUAUAUAUGUGUACCGUUCACCACGUUCAACACGUUUAUGGAGUCAUCAUGAAAAAAUUGUUGCUGUGGAUCAAUCAAUUGUUUUCCUUGGAGGGAUUGAUUUGUGUUUUGGUCGAUGGGACACCAAUGAUCACAGGCUUCAGGACGUUCAUAAAAUCGCUAAAGUUCAGGAGAUUAAUACAGAAUUGAGACGAAUACGAAGCUUACGUAAACGUUCAAGGCAUACGUCACACUCGCAAACUAGAGCACCUAUGGAUUUCAGUGAUUUUGAAAUGCAUGACAUAGGAUCGGAUAAUGAUCAAAUGAGUUCGGACUGUGACCAUACACCCAAGUCACGUCGUCGGAAACUAACUGAUGCGAUUCAUCGUGCUGGAGAUGCUAUGCGUUCAUUGAUGUAUCAGAUGACAUUAGAUAGAAAAGAGAGUCAAAGAGUACUGGAUGAUCAAAUGAGUCCAGCUUAUUGUGAAUCAAAAUGGGGCAACUUUGAGAAUGAUGCAAAUUUUAUCUAUGAUAAUCCUGGUUACGAGGAUGAUGCAGCAACAAAUGUUAUAACACGCAAAAAACUAGCUGCAUUGGCAGAUCUUUCACAGGCUGGUACACGAUGUACAUGGAUUGGACAAGAUUAUGUCAACUGGAGUUUGGUUGAGCCCCUUGCUAAAGAACAUCCUGCAUUAGAUUUAGUAGAUAGAACACGUGUACCACGUAUGCCAUGGCAUGAUGUUGGAUGUGUAUUUGUUGGUACUGCAGCCUGUGAUAUAUCAAGACAUUUUAUUCAGCGCUGGAAUCAAAUACGUGCAAGAAAGAUUAAAUCUGCACCAAGAGGAAGUGCAAAACGAAUCAUUCAGCGUCUUGUUCCUGGUCUACUACCAUCACAUCCAUGUACUCCAUGGACUGAAACAAAAUUAUCUACUGUUCUUGUAGAUCCAAGACAAUCUACAACAUGUACUGUACAAGCUUUACGAAGUGUUGCAAAUUGGUCAUUAGGAGUUCAUUCUGAUGAUGAAAAAGAAUUUCGUAAAUCUUUUCGUAAACUUUUUCAUCAAAAUUUGCCUACACCAUCUAUGAAAGAUAUUAAUUUAGAUGAAAAUAAACAUCAAAUUGGAUUAGAAACAUCUGUUUUAUCUGCAUAUAUUAAUAUGAUACAAGAAGCGGAACAUUUUAUUUAUAUUGAAAAUCAAUACUUUGUUAGCUAUAUACUUGGAUCACAAGAUCAGCAUGAUGAAGAAAUUUACGGUAGUGAAGGAAAUAAUACUGAUGUCAAGAGUACUCAUAGAUCUGGAUCUGAGCAUCUACCACCUAGUAAUUCUACUGGUUUAGUUAAAAAUCGUAUAUGUGAAGCAAUUUAUCUGCGAAUAUUACGAGCUCAUAGUGAAGGACAACCUUUUCGAGUGUUCAUAAUGCUUCCUUCAAUUACUGCAUUCAAAGGUGAAGUUGGAACUUCAUCAGGAACUUAUAUACAUGCAAUUCUACACUAUAUUCGACAAAGUCUGUUUAUUGGUGAAUAUGCUUUAAUUCCAAGAUUGAAAAAGGUUAUAUCAAACCCCGAAGAUUAUGUUUCUGUAUGCAGCUUACGGACUUUUGAUGAAUGGCCUGAUGGUUCUAUAAAAACAGAACUUAUUUACAUUCAUAGUAAAGUGAUGAUUGUUGAUGAUAAAAAAAUGAUUUUGGGAUCAGCUAAUGUGAAUGAUAGAAGUAUGUUGGGUUUUCGUGAUAGUGAAUUAGAUAUAAUUAUUGAAAGUAAUUCAGAUGAAGAUUUAAUUGAUUGUAAAUUUAGCGGUAUCAACGUGAAAGUACACCCAUUUGUACAAAGAUUUCGUAGAAGUUUAAUGGCUGAAUUCCUUGGAAUGUUACCAAAAAUUUCAAAAGAAUCUAAACGAAAUAUUCAUCAUGAUUUUUUAGAUGAUCCAGUAGCGGAUACAUUUUUCCAUAACAUAUGGAAUGCAACUGCUGUCAAAAAUGGUGAACUUUUUGAAAAAAUUUUUAAUUGUAUUCCUGGUUCCGGUUUGUUAACAUUUCGACAAUGCGCUGAAAAGAGAAGAGAAAUCCCAUUAGUUCAAAGUGAUAGUGAAAAGGCAAUUGAGUUACUUCAAAAAAUAAAAGGAUAUUUAAUACCAUUUUAUCCUGAUUUUCUUGCAAAUGAAUCACUUGAAUGCCCAGUAGGAAGUAUUGAACGAAUGAUUCCAGAAGUUGUAUGGACUUAG